UGAAGUUGUGGACAAGAGGAUAUCGGAGACAUCCAGCCACUUAGAGGAGGAGGAAAGUAGAGGCUCCCUUCUGUCGGUUCACUCUUUAAUAAGCCGGGGAAUAUAAGUCGUCGGACAGCGGCUGAGAAGAAGCGAGAAAACGAGUUUGUGGCAUUUAACUGAGAGACCAAGCAUACCCAACAGUAUGCGGUGCAGUUAUGGCAGGCAAGGGUAAGACAGUCGUGAGGACGCUGGAGGAUUUAACGCUUGAUUCUGGUUAUGGUGGAGCCGCGGACUCGGUCAGGUCGUCCAGCGUGUCGCUGUGCUGCUCCGACACGCAUCAGUCCAUCGCGCAUGGGGGCAACUGCUGGCAUCUGACGGAAUCCAUGCACAGCAGACAGAACAGUUUGGACACAGUCAACACCGUCCUGGCGGAGGACACGGAGAUACUGGAGUGCUCGGGUCAGUGCGCCAAGCUGCCCGAGCUGGAGGACGUGCCAUGGAGCCUCGGCGAGGUGGAGGGCGCACUGAGGAAAGACGAGGAGCUGAUGGUGGGCGACCCUCCACCGGAGGUUCUGGCGCGGCUGUCCGCUCUCGUCAGCCGCGCGCUGGUGCGGGUGGCCCGGGAGGCGCAGCGGCUCAGCCUGCGCUACGCCAAGUGCACCAAGCACGAGAUCCAGAGCGCCAUCAAGGUGGUGCUCUCAUGGACCAUCUCCGUCAACUGCAUCACGGCGGCUCUCAGCGCGCUGUCCCUCUACAACAUGAGCACCGGGGACAGGUUCAGCCGAGGCAAGUCGUCGCGCUGCGGGCUGGUGUUCUCCGUGGGGAAGUUCUUCAGGUGGAUGGUGGAUAGCCGGGUGGCCCUCAGGAUCCACGAACACGCUGCCAUAUACCUCACCGCCUGCGUGGAGAGUCUGUUCAGAGAGGUGUUCAGCCGCGUCCUGCGCAGCGCGCUGGUGGAGAGGGACAACGGGAUCCCCAAGUUUACGCUGGAGUCUCUGGAGCAAGCCAUCAACAACGACUCGGAGAUCUGGGGUCUGCUGCAGCCCUACCAGCACCUCAUCUGCGGCAAGAACUCAAGUGGUGUGCUGAGCCUGCCGGAGAGUUUGAACCUGCACCGGGACCAGCAGCGCUCAGGGCGGGGCGGCGAGGUGCAGGCUUACAGCCAGGCCGAGCUGCGCACGCUGGAACAGUCGCUGCUCGCAACACGGGUGGGCAGCAUCGCAGAACUGAGUGAUCUGGUAUCGCGGGCCAUGCACCUCCUCCAGCCGCUGCACAUCAAGAACCCCAGCAAUGGGACUCCAGUCCACCAGAAGACCACCAACACCACAGUGCACUGGGAGCCUGAGGCCCUCUACACCCUGUGUUACUUCAUGCACUGCCCACAGAUGGAAUGGGAGAACCCCAACGUUGAGCCCUCCAAAGUCACCUUACAGACGGAGAGGCCGUUCCUGGUACUGCCUCCGCUGAUGGAGUGGAUCCGAGUGGCGGUCGCCCACACUGAGCAUCGGCGAAGCUUCUCUGUGGACAGCGAUGACGUGAGGCAGGCCGCCAGGCUGCUGCUGCCCGGCGUGGACUGUGAACCACGGCAAAUAAAAGCGGAGGAUUGUUUCUGUGCCACCAGGAAGCUGGAUGCCGCCUCCACAGAGGCCAAGUUUCUGCAGGACCUGGGCUUCAGGAUGCUCAACUGCGGACGGACGGACCUGGUCAAGCAGGCCGUGAACCUGCUGGGGCCCGAUGGCAUCAACAGCAUGAGCGAACAGGGAAUGACCCCUCUAAUGUACGCCUGCGUCCGCGGCGAUGAGGCCAUGGUUCAGAUGCUGCUCGACGCUGGAGCUGACAUCAACAGCGAGGUGCCAAGCACAGUAAACAAGCACCCCUCAGUUUAUCCUGAAACGCGCCAGGGGACGCCACUCACUUUCGCCGUGUUACACGGACACGUCCCUGUCGUGCAGUUGUUGCUGGAUAAUAGAGCGAAUGUGGAGGGCGCCCUGCAGGAUGGGGCGGAGAACUACACGGAGACCCCACUUCAGCUUGCCUCUGCUGCAGGUAACUUUGAGCUGGUGAGUUUGCUUUUGGAAAGAGGGGCCGACCCCAUGAUCGGGACCAUGUGUCGAAACGGCAUCUCCUCUGCCCCACUGGGAGACAUGAACUCAUACAGCCUGGCAGCAGCACAUGGCCACAGGAAUGUAUUCCGGAAGCUGCUGUCCCAGCCAGAGCACGAGAAGGGGGACGUGCUGUCCCUGGAGGAGAUCCUGGCCGAGAGUUCGGACCCCGGGGAGAAGAGGUUGGCGCCGCAGGCCAACGGUGGAGGGACGCUGCGAACAGGAAAGGCCAAACUGAGGGCCCUGAGAGAGGCCAUGUACCAUAGCGCAGAGCACGGCCAUGUGGACAUCACCAUAGACAUCCGCAGCUUAGGUGUUCCCUGGACGCUGCACACCUGGCUCGAGUCCCUGCGUACCUGCUUCAUCCAGCACCGCCGACCGCUGAUCCAGGGCCUGCUCAAAGACUUCAGCUGCAUCCAGGAGGAGGAGUACACAGAGGAGCUCAUCACGCACGGCCUGCCGCUCAUGUUCCAGAUCCUCCGAGCCAGCAAGAAUGAGGUGAUAAGCCAGCAGCUGUCAGUCAUUUUCACGCAGUGCUACGGGCCCUUCCCCAUCCCUAAGCUGACAGAGAUCAAGAAGAAGCAGACCUCACGCUUAGACCCCCACUUCCUUAACAACAAGGAGAUGUCUGACGUGACGUUCCUGGUGGAGGGGAAACCGUUUUAUGCACAUAAAGUUUUGCUGUUUACAGCUUCACCCAGGUUCAAGUCACUGCUCCAGAACAGACCAGCAGCAGAGAACACCUGUAUUGAGAUCAGCCAUGUCAAGUACAAUAUUUUCCAUCUGGUCAUGCAGUAUCUGUACUGCGGCGGCACCGAGUCUUUGCACAUACGCAACACUGAAGUCAUGGAGCUCCUGUCUGCAGCCAAAUUCUUCCAACUAGAGGCCCUUCAGAGACACUGUGAGAUCAUCUGCUCCAAGAACAUCACCACGGAAACCUGCGUGGACCUCUACAAACAUGCCAAGUUCCUUGGUGCCUCGGAGCUCACGGCUUUCAUCGAGGGCUAUUUCCUGAAGAACAUGGUGCUGCUGAUCGAACUCGACGGCUUCAAGCAGCUGCUGUACGAGCCUCCGCCGGCAGAGAGCCCCGCGUCCAGCCCCGGCAUCUGCUCCGACAUCCUCCUCGACCUGGAGAGAACUCUGGCCACACGCAUCCACUCCAUCCACCUCUCCACCUCCAAGGGCUCCGUGGUGUGACGCCAUGCUCUGCCGAGAGCCCUCCGAUCCAGGCACAGCAUCCAUGUAACACCGACAUCCAGUGCCAUGCUACACAGCCCCGUCCACCUGUCCUGGCCCCGCCGCUGAAGAGGGGCUGUCGGAUGUUUUUAUGUCAGGGAUUCCCUUUAAUUCUGCCGGUCGCGGCCGCACCUGAGGGUUAAAGUUACAAAAAUCAGAGAGAACUUUGUGUUGUUCUUGAACUCUGUCGUCCUAAAGGCUCCCACUGAUCACGUCACACCCCACAGUAAGAAAAACUAUCAAAAAAAAACUCGACCCAGCAGUAUCACUUAGACCUAAUUGUGAUUAUGAAACUUAUUGUAUUUCAUAUAGGAUACAUGCAUGGAAUACAUUCUGUACGCCUUUUUUCGCUUAAAAAGGUAGAGUAGAAUUUUAACUCAAUAAAUGCAGCUUUCUCAUCAUCUCCGAUAUGAGACGUUAGGUUUACACACUCGUGGAAGUGGACGCCAUCGCAGUAUACAGUUUGACACAUGCCAAAAUAUAAUCCUACUAUACAACCAAUAAAAGUGACUCGUAGCAAUGCCAGCAGACGGACUUUAGGUGGACUUCUUUACAUUCUGUCACUUCUAUGUUGGAUACGUUUCACUGUGUUCUAUAUCUACUGUGUGCAGAGGCCAAACUGAUCACAGGAACUUCCACCGUGGCCGACGCUGCAGCGCUGAUUAAACUAAAGUCGGCCCACUCAGUGAAAUCUAUGCUGACGUAUGCUUGAAACACGGAUGUCCAACUGGGAAAUUAACUCCACGAACACUGUCGGCUUUUUUUUUUCUUUUUUCUUUUUUGCAUGACACCUCCUCAACUGAGCUGCCCUGAUAUUGCUUUUUAUGCAGAGCUUACUUCACGGACCGAAGGGGAAGUAAGGGCAAAACGCUGCUUAUUAACUUUCUAUCCACUGCAAAACUGACUGAGCGGGAUUUUGGAGAUGGAUUUCGAUUGGCAGGGACUUUCUCUUUAAAGAUAUUUAAGUGUAAAUACGUCCUUAAAGUCAUCGUGCUGGUCGUUCUUUUUUUUUUUUUUUGUAAACUGAUGUACAGUAUUCUCCUACACGCGCUUGGCUGACGACACCAGUCUCAUUGAAUGUGCUCCCCGGACCGUUUGUUCCUGCUGUAUGUGUCCGUUUAUGCAAAAGUUGCAUGUUUGACCUGUUUGUUUGAAUCCUCUGUUUCGCUUUCGGUGUACUUUCUGUGUAGGUCGGCAGGGCUGAGCUGGGUGUUGGUUGUUCCAGGUGAAGUCCAGUCAAAGGUUGUUCCCGUCAGUUACUUUGCUGUUUCUGAAACAUUCCAGAUGAUCAGGGUAGGUCGCCACCAGGAUGCAUCUUUAAAGUCACCUUUUGUCAGCGGAGUUUCUCAAGAACAUCAGUUCUGUGAAUGAAAGGUUGAAUUUCCACACACUGUGUGUCAAUGCUGAGUUUAUUAGAGACAAAACAAUGUUACGGGACUCACGGAGUAACGUUACGUCCCAGCCACCUGUUUGAGUGCACGUUUUGAAUUUGCACAUCCCAUAAAUUCUAAAAAACACCUAAAGUACUGCAGCAAGGUUUUCACGGCAUGGAAAUGUUGGUCAGUAAUAGUCGAUUCAAGCAAAAAGAAAAGUUUUGAAUGGGCACUGCACUCGAAUUUUACAAUACCAACCUGUCCAUUCUACUUCCAGUACCCAUGUCUGUCCGUAGUCACUUCUCUUCUUUUAGUGCUCUCCAGUGAGGAAGAGCUACACCAACGGUUAUGCGUAUUUGUCCUCAUCGUCUUACUUUAAUUUUACUUUUUUACACCAAGCAACU